AACAUUUGUGGCGACAGACAACCGGCGUCGAGACAGCUAUUGCAAGUGAUGACGAUGUGUGGAGCAUCGUUGUAUGUAUCGUGACACACAGCUGACACGGACGCAAUGCUCAUAGUUGGACAGGGCGGCAAGUCAGUGGUUGACUUCGCAAGUUAUCUUCGUCUGGUGCAGCCUCCGGUGCAGGUCGACGGCGCGGGUGAGUCUCUCAUCUACCAGCAGUAAUGGUCUCUAACUAGUACGACUCUUCACAUAGCCGGAUCAUUGUGCAUGGAAGACGUUAUCUCUCGGGAGCAAUCACUCACAUUAUCUCGUCGGACCCUCACCGCGGCCGACUUGGCGGAGUGGCCAGAUGCCGCCUUGGACGGUGCCGGUCAGUUGGAGGACGCGCAUGUCUUCACCGGCUCCUCGAGUGCAGAGACUCGGCCUCUCAAGUUGAAACAGUUCAUCUUCACCGAUUCGCGAGAUCCAUCCAAGGAUUGCGAAUGCAUUGGCUUGUCGGCAGAUGGCAGGCUUCUCGCUGCAUCGUUCCAGAGUAGCGAUGUCCUCGUAUGGCGAGUGUCCGACGGUCUGCUCGUUCAACGCCUACACUAUCAAGGCCAUACGGACGAUGUUCGUGCCCUCUCCUUUUCCCCCAUCGACUACACUCUUGUCUCGGGGUCUUUGGACAGGACCGCAAUUGUGUGGGAUGCUCGGCGUGGCCGCGUACUUCUACGUCUGGAGGGACACCGUGGACGAGUAAGCAGCAUCGCAUAUGCUCACCAUGGCGCGAUCAUCGCCACUGGUUCUGCAGGCGUCGACAGAUCGGUGAAGAUUUGGGACGCGUCGAGUGGAGCAUGCCUGCAUUCCUUAAGGGUUGAUGAAGACACGUACAAGCUCGCAUUCUCCCCAGACAGUUCAUACCUCUGCGUCGAACUCAAGACGUCCUGCAUCGCCUAUGACAUCCGCACCUAUGCGAGUACAAUUAUGUUACAGCAGCUCGCUGGGGAAGCACUCUUCUCGUCGAUGUCUUACCAAGGUGAUCGCAUAGUCACCUGCCCGCUUUCCGACCUGGAACAAGUGAAGAUUUGGAACGCGACGACCGGCGAGGAACUUCUCACGAUUGAUCAUCCGAUGAAACUCUCACGUCCCGUGGCAUUCUCCCCAGACGGGGCCGAGAUGGUGGCGGCUUGUGAGGCAGACAUGACAGCCGUCACCUACGACUCACGGACAGGCCGGCUACGUCAUGUCUUCAAGUUGACAAAACCAGUAGAUUCUGUGAUGUACUCCUCAGAUGGAUACUAUGUCGCCUUUGGUGCCAGUGGCGGCAGCCAUGUCGAGCUGUACGAUGCAAAAUCUGGAAUGUUUCUCGCAAAAUUUGACGGGCGGGAAGAAGCUGGGCUCAUUUUAGAAGUUCAGUUUUUAUCUGGCAGUCACACACUUAUAACACAAUUCGAGAGGGGUCCCUUACUUCUGUGUAACGUUCAGGACGUAUUGCGCAUUCGAUAGCAUGGUAUUAAUGCAGCAAGGUCUGUUUAGCUCAGUGUACUAUAACAGUGCAAAAAAAAGUGAAAUUGUAGUGAAUAUAAUGGGACACAUGCUAGUAUAUGGUGCGACCAUAGAUCGCACGUAACGAGCGAAGG